AUGAUGGCGUAUGGUGAGCCUUCUCCGUUUCGAAGGGUAGAAGACAAAGAUGAAGGGAUGGAGCGGGAGGUGAAGCCCACUCCGUUACCCCAGCAACAGGCUCAGACACAGACACAGCCACAGUCGCCGCCGACGGAACCGCAGCCGGGACCGGGACCGGAACAGCAACAACAAUACAGCAGUUUGAUUACGGAACCAACAGCUACGACUGUGGAGCAUCCAUCCAAGCAUCGGCAGAGUGGCGUGGGCCAGGUCACGUGCGCUCUAAGUACAACGGGGUUGGGGAGUGAGAAUGGACGCGGACAAGUUCAAACGACUCAAAUUGAUGACGAGGUUGGGGAAGAAGAAGACAUUGACGAAAGCGAGGAGGACACGUCACAGCAAUCGAUAUCAUCGCAUGUUCUGCUGCCACAGUCGUUCUUCGAUUGCCCAAUAGAACAUCUCAUCAUUCUGGUGUCUUCCAUGUUGGAGGAGUUAGUGUCUGUCAACGACGCGCUUCCUUUCGAUCCUGCCCAAUUGACCAGAUUCCAUUCGCGAAGUCCACCAGGAAUCUCCAUCAAGGACUAUCUCAUUCGAAUCGUGCGGUUCUGCUCGCUGGAAAAAUCAAUUCUGCUGACCGUCAUUUACUACAUAGAUUUUCUAUGUCGCACCUUCUCCACCUUCAACAUCAAUUCGUUGACGGUGCAUCGUUUCCUCAUCACCACGUGUAUGGUUGGAUCUAAGGGUCUCUGCGACAGUUUCCGCACCAAUGGACACUAUGCACGAGUCGGAGGUAUCUCAAAGGCCGAGCUGAAUCUGUUGGAAGUGGAGUUUCUCGUCAGAGUCGACUAUCGCAUUGUGCCCAAGGUGGAGGUGCUGUCACGGUAUUACGAACGCAUGGUCAUGCGCAUGAACAAUGUUUACCAGCUGGUGGAGGGCAUCAGCAGCAGCACGCCGGCUGGAACUACUCCCAGUGAUACUCCUACUGCCACUACUCAACUGCCGUCUGUUGUGGCUACCACAGAGUCGCGAAGAGGAGUGGGUAACGUAAAGAGAGGAAGUAUAGACGAGGGAGACAGUGAGAGAGUCAAAAGGAGUCUCGAGGGAAAAGAACCGUAA